AAAGGAAUCUUGAGAACAGUCCAUCAGAGAGUGGUCACGGCCACAGCGGCCCCUUUGGACGAAGACUCACUCACUUGUAGCGUUCUAACCCUUCUCGGUGGUCGGCUUUUAUCAGCGCAUUGGGGCGGGGGAGGGGUAGGAUCGGCAGAUACCGCAGCCUCUGACCCUCCGGAGUUGGUAUGUGACAAGCAGCCCUAGCAGUGCCAUGUAUUGGAAGAGCGAUCAGAUGUUUGUGUGUAAACUAGAAGAAAAGGACGUGCCGGAGCUGGCAGUUCCCCCCGAGAAGGUGAGCGAGCCGACGCCUGACGAAGCCUCGAGCCUAAGGCGCUCCCGGGUUCAUGUGAGUCGUGCUUUUGUUCUAUUUGCCGUGGUGAUUGUGGCGGUCCGGGAGAACGGUUCGGGAGGACCGGGUGGCUGGGAGGGGGUGAAGGGGAGACAGAGGCAUGACUUUUUGUGCUGCGCGGCUGGCGGACAAUCCUCAAGGACCCUAGGGCGCCUUCGCGGGCAGCUCGCGUGCAGCUGUGCUCGGGCCGCGCAGCAGGCGCACCUGAGCUGCCCCGAGAGCCCAGGUUCGCGUGGUUACCUCUCUGGGCGCUUCCAGAGCGAGGGUGAAAGGGAAGGAAAGAGGCAGAGACGCAGAGGUGGGAACCGUUUGGCGUCGCGGGGCCUACAUGCCCCCAAGUUAGAGGUGAGCCCCGAGGGAGCGGGGGACGAGGACUCGAGCUCCUCCUCGGCCCCGCUGUCCCCGUCGUCCUCGCCCCGGUCCAUGGCCUCGGGCUCCGGCUGCCCUCCUGGCAAGUGUGUGUGCAACAGCUGUGGCCUGGAGAUCGUGGACAAAUACCUUCUCAAGGUGAAUGACCUGUGCUGGCAUGUUCGGUGUCUCUCCUGCAGUGUCUGCAGAACCUCCUUAGGAAGGCACACCAGCUGUUACAUUAAAGACAAAGACAUUUUCUGCAAACUUGACUAUUUCAGAAGGUAUGGAACUCGCUGCUCUCGAUGUGGGAGGCACAUCCAUUCUACUGACUGGGUCCGGAGGGCUAAGGGAAAUGUCUAUCACUUGGCGUGUUUCGCCUGCUUUUCCUGCAAAAGGCAACUUUCCACGGGAGAGGAGUUUGCUUUGGUGGAAGAGAAAGUCCUCUGCAGAGUGCAUUAUGACUGCAUGCUGGAUAAUUUAAAAAGAGAAGUGGAAAAUGGUAAUGGGAUUAGCGUGGAAGGUGCCCUCCUCACAGAUCAAGAUGUUAAUCACCCAAAACCAGCAAAAAGAGCUCGGACCAGCUUUACAGCAGACCAGCUCCAGGUUAUGCAAGCACAAUUUGCUCAGGACAACAACCCAGAUGCACAGACCCUCCAGAAACUGGCAGAAAGAACAGGCUUGAGCAGACGUGUGAUUCAGGUGUGGUUUCAGAAUUGCAGAGCUCGCCACAAGAAACAUGUCAGUCCUAAUCACUCCUCCUCGGCCCCAGUCACAGCAGUGCCACCUUCCAGGCUGUCUCCACCCAUGUUAGAAGAAAUGGCUUAUUCUGCCUACGUGCCCCAAGAUGGGACGAUGUUAACUGCGCUACAUAGUUAUAUGGACGCUCAUUCACCAACAACUCUUGGACUCCAGCCCUUGUUACCCCAUUCAAUGACACAACUGCCAAUAAGUCAUACUUAAUUCCUUUUUUCAGGGAUAGAAAUGAUUAAGGAUAUAAACUUGUCAUUUAUUAUGUAUAAAAUAUCAAGGAAAAGAUAUUAAUGUUAAUUUUUAAUUUAACAUCCAAAGCAUUUUCAACAUCAUUUUGCUGCCCAGGUAUGUAUCUAUAGUUGGCCUGCAAGACACUUUUAUUGAUUCUUCAUUUUUUUUUUUUUUUUUUU